GUGUGCCACAGCAACUAGAGUAUGAAACUGAAGUUUUACUAAAAUUUGCACAGAACAGCAGAUCGAAUGUGGCGAUGGACACGAGAUCUCGUGCGGACAAGUCCAUCCAGAAUCGCUGCACUCCCACAACCUUCUCUGAAAACCCUAGAUUCCCAGUACCCAUUCCACCGUUGCGCCUACCGGUCGGCCUCCCGGCCGAGUUUGUCGAUAUGGAGACGCAAGAAAGAGAUGGGCAAAGAAGGCCUGAUAGCGGCCAAAGAACUCAAGAGGCUCCGGUCCGACCCGGUCCGGUUUGAUCGGUUCAUGCGAUCCUCCGUUUCUCGACUCCUCCGAUCCGACCUUGUCUCCGUUCUCGCUGAGUUCCAGAGACAAGACCAGGUCUUCCUCUCUAUGAAGGUAUUACACACCAUGGGAUGGUGCACCUGUUUUGGAUUAGUUGAGUUAUAUGAUGUGGUGCGAAAAGAAAUAUGGUACCGGCCAGAUAUGUACUUCUACAGGGACAUGCUAAUGAUGCUAGCAAGAAACAAAAAGGUGGAUGAAACAAAGCGGGUUUGGGAGGAUCUUAAGAGAGAGGAGGUUCUGUUUGAUCAGCAUACUUUUGGAGACAUUGUCAGGGCCUUCUUAGAUGGUGGAUUGCCAUCAGAGGCAAUGGACAUAUAUGAGGAAAUGAGGCGAUCUCCUGAUCCCCCAUUAUCUUUGCCCUAUCGAGUUAUAUUAAAAGGUCUCCUUCCAUACCCAGAAUUGAGGGAGAAGGUGAAGGAUGACUUCUUGGAGCUUUUCCCUGGUAUGAUUGUGUAUGACCCACCUGAAGAUUUGUUUGAAGAUGAAGAUGGCAGGACAGAGAGUGAAGAUGAUUGAACUACGAUUCACUAGGAUUUGCAUCAUGACAUAUGUAUGGCCUUGAGGAGCUAACUAGGGUCAAGAGCUUUACAGUAGACACCGUAAUGGCUGAUGGAUUUUGCUCCUCAGAAAUGUUGUAAUUGCCAACUCAAGGAGAAUGAUCUUUGAGUCAGAAGCUUACUCAACCUUCAGGCAGCAAGAAGUAAAGUGCUUUCUCACUUGGAAGCGUGGCCAGUGGCCUGUGACAAAUUCGAAAGAUUAGUUAUGGCAGUUUCUUGUUCAACACUAUUGUAAUAUUCUAUAUGCUGGAUGUGUAGUAGGGAAAGGCUUCAAUUUUGGCAUAUUUAUUAUUAUUAUUAUCAUUAUCUUUUAUUAUAAUCUGUUUAA